GUAACACUUGCAACAAAUAGCCGUCAUUCAUCAUUGUCUCGGUAUUCCCAAAGAAAUGUUGCCACUUUACCCAUAGCAGAGUUAGGGUAUGGCCAUCACAACUGGGCUGAGGUUGUCUUCCAAGGAACCAUACCCCAAUCUCUACAGCCUAUACAGGGCCAUUUCCUACAAAAUCCAGAUCUUCAGUUUUUUGCCCCGUUCAAAUUACCGAAUUAUGCAGAACUUUACCCAGAGGGCAUUGUUAACCCUGGUAGCAUAUCUGCCAGUGAAGACAGAAGGCGACAGAAUGUGCCAGACGAACCACCUCCAGCAUAUACACCAGCAGAAAACCCAGAACUUUGUCAGCUUCCUGGUGCUUCUUGGAGUGCCUCCUUAAAUUCACACCCUGCAUUGCCGACUGAAGAAAGGGUAUCAGGGCAAGGGUCAACAACAAGUAUUUCAGCUAGAACUCUAACAGAACUUGGGAAUGAACCCCAAUCAAGAGGUUCAGAACACUCACAAUUUCCAGAGACUCCAUCAGCAAGUCUAGUAUCAUGCACUCCAAUUGUUACGCUGCAGGUAGAAGAUUCAACUUUUUCAUCGCUACCUGGAACAUCUUCAGUAGCAGAUUCUUCAGAAGUUAUGGCAAGGUCCUCAAGUGCUGUUGCGGUAUCACCAGGAGUGUCUUUGACUUCACUACCAAACUCAGUGCAACUCACUCUGGAUAUGGAUCACAUAGGAUCAUCUGAAUCACAAAACAACACUACACAUGGUGAAACCACCACUACUCCUGCUGAGACAAAUGGAUCUAAAUUCACUGUGAUAACUACAUUGUAGCCAAGAAAAUAGCUACCAUACUGGCUAACAAAUGAAAAAAGGAAGCAGUCUUUUCUGGGUUAUCAAAGAAUGAUAUUCCCUGAAGGCUGUGACUACUUUUGCUUAGAACAGGUUGUACGCUUAUGCUGAACAGGUGGAAUUUACAACUUGAGAAUUAAACCAUUGUGACAUGAUGAGGGUUUGAAAAUGUAAAUGUACCCAAACAGCUGAAUCUUUUUUCCACUAACAAUGGAGAUAGUCAUGAUGAGGUUCCUGAUGACUCGUUCUCUUGUCUUUAUGUAUGGUUCCUGAGAACUUGGCCUCGUUUAGGAAGAGUUUCAAGUACACUGUUUGAUAUGUCAGAUGAUUUAGGUACGAGCAGGGCUCAACACUAACUUUUCAACUCACUAGCCUAGUUGCUAGUGACAACUUCGAUGUUACAACAAUUUCACUUUGUUUACUUAAGCCAAACUGGCUAGUAGAAAUAAAAAACCACUGGCCAAAACUGAAUUUCUACUAUUCUGUGGGCUAGUUAGCUCGUGUUGAGCCCUGACUAGAAUAUUAAUUAAUUUGCUGACCAGUUCCUUCUGUAAAGUAAUUUUUAGGUAUGGUAUCCCUUUCUUUACCAGUACAUUGAAUCAUAGUUAAUCGAUUAACUGAUUAAAUAUCAGAAAACCAAUAUCACAUUCCUGUAUGCAAACUAAAGACUCAGAACUGGCUCUUUGACUGGGGAUUGAAGGUCAUUUCUAGCCCCAAUGUACAGCUUUUUUUUCCCUAUAUUUAUUUUUUUCCCUAUUUUUUAUAUAUAAAGUUUACUAUUUAACAGCAAUCAUUUUUACUGACCUGUGGUACAAAUAUUUCUAUUUUUUCUUUUGUUAAAAAUGUGAAAAAUUUUUACAUGGUCCUUGAAACUAACUACUUGUAGUAUACAUAUUUAAGUUAAGUGGCUUGACUCUUGACAGUGACAGGGAUCUAAUUUCUCCUUACAAAUCAUGUAUUCACCUCUGAAUCACACUUAAGGUUACAAAAAUAAAAGAAAAUGAUCCCUAACUAAAGAAAGCUCUUGAUGCUGUUACAUAAAUUCUCCUUGGCAGUACCUUGGGAAUUUUUGGAGAACAGUUUGGAGAAUAUGCAUGCUGAUGUUAAAGUGUAAAGCAGGAAAUCAUGCAUUUGAGCAACUUAAUUGUGGUGUAAUAUAUUUUUCUUACAAAUGCAGUUGUUAUAUGUUAUUAAUAAUUGUAAACAGUAAAUAAAUAUUAGUAUUUUCUUCAUAGAA